AUGUUCCGUCGUCUCUGGUCUGGCCUCCCACCGGAUGCCAAAUUUCCUUCGGAUCUCAAGGGACUCGGAUACUUUGUCAACGAUCAGGAUGAAAUCCGCUCCAUCGAAAACCCGGACAACUACUUCAAAUUUUUCCUGAACCGUAAUCCGCGUAUUUGUGCCCGCCAGCGCUUCGAGUUUAACCAUGCCAUGGAAGACAUUAUCCACAAGCGCCUCGAACACGAAGGACUGCUGAAGCUCUGCCUGCCUUUAGGUGCAUGGGAAACGGAGCCUCAUUUGCCUAUUUUUAUCACUCCAGACUUGGAGAUCCGGUCUCGAAUUAUCGUCAUAUUCGGUGAACCCACCCAUGAGCUUGGAGUCCUGGCAGGUCGCGUGGCCAAUGGACCAGGAGGCAUCGACGAAGGGAGCGUCAUGCAGGUUGUCCGAGCUGUCAAACUGCAGAGAGGAUCCAGCAGCGAUGACACUUCUCCAGGCAUCGUAUUGGCAAACGUGGGUCAGACGUGUUGGUGGCCCGAGGGACAGCGAGCCAUCACUGUGACGGCCAACAACGCCGUGCCGCUGCCUAGUCUGGUGCACAGAGGAGUGCAGCAUGUGCCGAAUGUCCACGGUAUUCCAGGCAACAAUAGUGCAGAGGAACAUGUCAAGUACGUGUUCGAUGAAGUGAUUUCGCGCAGGGCCAACGAUAAGGCAACCGUGGACAUCAUAGCUACCGGGGAAAGCUGCGAGAUUGUGGAGCGCUUCUUGGACGGGGAGGAAGCCUGGAAUACCUGGGGCAACACGAUCAGCGCACUCGUCCUCCUUGGUCCGGUCUAUGAGUCAGAGGGGCUGAAGAAUGAAAAGUUCAAGGAUUUUAUGGCAAAACGAGGUCGUGCUUAUUUCCUUUCUCAUGAGCCCGUUGGCACUCCUCUAGCACCUCCUGAAGGCAACUCGAACCGUUGGAUCCCCUCUCUGGGCCUCCCAUGCUAUUCCUCUUCCGAACCAAUGCAUACGGAAUCGAUUUUUGUCCGAGCUCGGUCUCAUAUCCUCUCGUAUCUCCAGGAGGUGGCUCUUGAUCUCGAAUAUGAGAAUCCACUCCUUGUUCCGGCUGAUUGUGAUGUUCUCCUACCUACGACUGAGCGGAGCUGGGAGGAGUUGCCGGAAGGAGAGAAACCUAUCGUAAUCAAGACAAAUCCCGAUGAAUUGGAAGAGGAUAUUAGGCAGAUUAAGCGCUGGAAGCAGUUUGAAGAGACUGGAAAGGCGCCGGAGACAGACUCGGAGAGGGAGACUGAGGAGAGGGAGACAAAGAAGAUGAAGACAAAGGAAAUGGAGACAGAGGAGAUGGAGACAGAGCCUUGA